AUGAGAAAGCCAAUUUUUCCUUAUCUCUAUUGCGUUAUUACAUUCGAACUAUUCGUUUACUUAUUCGAACUCUACCUCAAUUGGAGACAAUAUAAGAAAUUUUGUGAAAAUGAAACUCCUAAGGAAAUAGAGCAUUUAGUUACACAAAAAGAAUUCAAAAAAUCUUAAAGCCACAACAAAGAUAAAAUGGAAUUUAAGAUGCUUUAAGAUUAUUUGGGGAUUUUAGCUAAUGUAGUGUGGUAAAUAUUCAGACUUCCCGUCUGGCUUUGGGCUUUCUCAGCUGAGAUAUGCAUUGCUGUUGGCCUAAAUCCUGAAGAUGAUAGUCUCAGAACUCUGGCUUUCCUUGGCUUCUUGCAUAUCUUUGAUGUGUUAUCAUCUUUACCCUGGAGUCUCUACGAAACAUUUGUAAUAUCUGAGAGACACGGAUUCAAUAAGCAAACCAUUGGGUAAGAUUAGCAGUAGAUUGAUUUACAAACAUAUAGAAUCUUUGUUAAAGAUUAAGUAAAAACAUUCCUUUUGGUUGUAUUCUUUGGAUCAAUUUUCAUCUAUCUAAUCUUGGGAAUAAUUGAGUGGGGAGGGGAAAACUUCUACUAUUAUGUAUUUGUAUUCUUAGUAGUUUUCUAUCUGGUGAUGCUUCAAAUAUUUCCCAAUUUCAUUCAACCAUUAUUUAACAAAUAUUCAGAACUACCUUAAGGAGAACUAAGAGAAAAGAUUGAAGCUUUGGCAAAAAGACUAAAUUUCCCCUUAUAAAAACUCUAUCUUGUUGAUCAAAGUUCUAGAUCUGCUCAUUCAAAUGCUUAUUUUUAUGGCUUCGGCAAGAAUAAAAGAAUAGUCUUAUAUGAUACCUUACAAAAAUAAUGCAAUAAUGACGAAAUCGUAGCUAUUCUAGGACAUGAGUUAGGCCAUUGGAGCAAGAUGCACACAAUUCAAUAGCUACUUAUUACAUGGGUUUAAUUCUUUGUAAUGUUCUUUUUGCUUUCAUUUAUCAUUAAUAAUGAGGACAUCUAUAUUAGUUUUGGAUUCGACAGGAAAUCUGCUGAUUAAUUCUCAAAAGAUUAAGGCUAUGGAAAUCUACUUGCUUAAGCUUUAAUCAAAAUACACGUUGAGAAUGCUUCUAACAUGAAUCCAGACAAAUAGUAAGUUCCAUUCAUUGAAAAUUUAUUUAGUUAUGCUAACUAUCACCAUCACCAUCCUAUUUUGAUUGAGAGACUCAAAGCUAUGAAUUAUGACAGAUCCUUUAAGGUCAAGGGUAGUAAGAAAAACAAAAAGUAAAAUGCGAAUAAAUAAAAAAGAUGA